AUAUUUGAUGACGUUCACACAACCUCCGCAAGUGCCUGUUUGUUUUGGUUUUGAACGUUAGGAGUGACUUCCACAUAGACUGCUCAUUGAAAGACUUGUGUCGGUCUUAAACUUUUAGGAUCGAACAGGCAACGUCAAGGAAGCAAGUUGGCUUGGAUUUCGGGAUGAGUUCUCUUGCCUUUGUGACUCAUCCUAGUGUACGAAUCAAAGGCACAGAGAAUUCGUACACUCCAACUCAGUGCCUUGAUGAGCUGUGCCCAGUGAAAGCUCCACAUCUCCAUUGCCCCUUUUGUGUCAAAAGCGAUGCCUAUCAAGAUCCUGUCAUUUUGAAAGCUCAUUACAGAGUGAAGCAUGUCGACAAAGGAAUUGACUUUGCAGGAUUGAAAAUCCUCCGCUGUUGUGACCAGUGUGACAUCAUAGGAAUCAUCAAAGGAGAGAAGCGUUUCAAAGGAGCUCACUGGCACUGCUAUCGAUGUCGGAAUGGCUUCAACAGAAGAGAUGAAGCAAUCAAACACUACAAAACACAUUUUCGUAAUCCACAGACAACAUUUCAGAUCCAGAUAACCCAGGAUCUGAAUUCACCACCUAUCAUCCGCACACCAUCAGAAGAUCGAACAGGUACAACUCAAGAUUCAUUCGCUUCCAUAGAAAACCCUGUGCAAGAAAUAAUCCAUCCAGCUUUGACUGAGACUCUGAGCCUGUCUGAAACAAAUGUUAUGACAACAGACACUGGUACAAAUGGCAAACUUCAGAAAGUGAAAGUGAAACAUGAACCCUUAGACAAAGACCUGAGUUCAGGGGAUCAUGAGGAUCAACAGACCAUCAUGAUAAUCCAGGGAGAUCAGUUGGAGUCAGCUUUAGCCAGCCAUAUAAUCAAUUCCGGGGAACUGAGCGUACUCAAUAAAGCUAAUCUUGAUCCAAGCAUUUCAUGGGAAAUACGCUUUCGGAUGGAGGAGGAAGAAAAGAAUAUGUACAAAGCAAAAGCUCAAGAAUAUAAAGUACAGGUGGAGUUGCUGCAGCAGCAAGUGUCGGAACUCCAGUCUCAGGUGGCCCAGCAGAGUGAACUUAAGUUGCAAGACUUUAUCGACAGCCUCAGUGCAGGAGAUAUUCACAAGCAAGCUCUAGGAGUUCAACUUGCGAAAUUCAUGGAACAGAUGCAAAGCUCACAGAAUUCGGAAAACUCGUCGGAAAGCCUCCCUGCGGCUGAACAUCUUCACUCUAAUACCUCUUUGGUAGAGUUAACCAAUUCUGCCGCGUCCCUCCAGCACUUAGAGUCUAAUGCAACCAUGACCCAGCUGAGUGGCAUUCCUGAAGGGUACCAGGUAAUCACAACAACUCCUGAAGGUCAUGUGAUUGUGGGCAAAGCUCCAUCACCAUCACUGACGCCUGAAGACAGUAUUUCCGUCAUCGCAGAUGACUCGAACAUUGGGGAUAAUUCCAUAUCAAACAUCACUCCGUCUUCUGUUCCUGAAACGCCUUCAGUGGUGAACCCUCAAAAGCAGCCUGAACAAGAGGUGCUCAUCGAAGGAGAUGUUUUGUCUGAAUCGAUGAACGCCCCGCCAUCUCAACCUCUUAUGGGAGAGGGUGAAGUGCAUUCUACGGAUCUGACUGUUUUAUCAGAAAUUGCCACAUCUGAAGACAGCCUCCUGCAUGCGGUAGCCAGUGAUGAAGAGCGAGUUUCUCUAAACACAAAUGUGACGGUGGUAGCUCCUGUGGACAGUGGUCAGAGUGGCCAGGAGGCGUACAUGAUGGACAUUGUGGACGGGAACAGGAUACUCAUUAAAGGGACUGUGGACGGGGAGCCCGUGCAGACCGUGAUGGGGCAUGAGGUGACGCAGGUCACAAGCAAUCAAAAAGCCGUGUCGGAGGAAACUGCUGAACCAGAAGCCAAGCGGAUACGGGUUGCUCUUUAGUUAUAGAAAGAUCUGUUUCUAUGUUUUUCCCUAGUUGUUUUAUAAGUGAAUUAGAAGGAAGGGUCGCCUCGAUGAAUGGGCAGAGGGAUGCAGGUCAGCCACCUCACUGACACCAUACACAACCCCUUCCCGGGAGUGCCGAAACUCUUUUCGGUUGCUCCUUUUCUCAGUAUUUACUUCACACUGUCUGUCAUGCCUUCUCUUCCAUGUGAAUCUGUCGACAUGGUCUUUGAAGGUAGAAUGUACUAAUAGGGUAUUGGCCUUUUAUUAAAGCAAAGUAAGAGGAUCUUUUGCCUUGUACUGAAAAGAAGGAAACAAGAUCAAGGAAGUUAGCAGGGUAGCUUUCUGAAAGAUGGUGUGUUUACCGAAGGUAGAGGAUCAUUGUGAAAUAGGCUGGGAUUAAACCAGGGAAUUAAUCAAAAUAGAAGUUUAUUUGUUCCUUACCUGUAGUAUUUUAAUUUGUAAGAUCUUACAAAAUAAAAAAAAAUGUCCCAUUGCAGAACCAUUGUAUUUUACAUAUAUUAUAUAUGUAGAUGGAUAAAA